AUGCAUUAUUUGAAUGGCUAUACUGUAUUUGAUUGAAUUGGGAUUUGUAAUGUUAUAAAACAUAGACGACUGUCUCCCCUUCGUCUUGUACAGUUAGUUGCUAAUUUUCACUUGCAACUAACUAGCUAGUCGGGUUCUACUAUAUCUAUGGUCGGGUGGCAUGUUGUUGUGUUGGGCGGAGAAGGCAACUAACGUUGGCUAGUUUAGCAGGCUAGCCACUUAAUUCGCCGGGUGGUUGGACUCAAUGAACGGGAUUGGUAACUAAAGAAAGCAGAAUUUGCUAACGCAGAAUGCAUAAGGAAGAGGAGGUGGCCAAGCUGCAGAAGCACCUAGCCCUGCUGAGGCAGGAGUAUGUGAAGAUGCAGCAGAAGCUGGCUGACACAGAGAGGCGAUGUGCCGUGCUGGCUGCUCAAACCUCUGGCCAGGGCUCCACCAACACCUUCGGAACCGGGGCAGGAGACACCUUCAUCAGCCGUCUGCUGGACAUCGUGGCCCAGCUCUACCAGCAGAACCAGUACAGUGAUCUGAAGGUGAGGGUUGGAGAGAUGACACUCAACGCUCACAAGUUUGUACUGGCUGCUCGCAGUGAUGCCUGGAGCCUGGCCAACCUGGCCUCCACCUCAGAACUGGACCUGUCUGAUGCCAAACCGGAGGUUGCCAUGGCAAUGUUGCGCUGGGCCUAUACAGACAACCUGGAGCUCAGCGAGGACGAUGCCUUCCUCAUCGACCUGAUGAAGCUGGCCAACCGCUUCCAACUGCACCUGCUUCGAGAGAGGUGUGAGAAAGGGGUGAUGUCAUCGGUGAACGUGAGAAACUGUAUCCGGUUCUACCAGACGGCUGAGGAGCUGGAUGCCACAACCCUCAUGAACUACUGUGGAGAGAUCAUCGCCAGCCACUGGGAUGACCUGAGGAAAGAGGACUUCAGCACUAUGAGUGCUCCGCUCCUCUACAAGAUGAUCAAGUCUAAAACGGAGUUCCCACUUCACAAAGCCAUCAAGGUCGAGAGGGAAGAUGUGGUCUUCCUCUACCUCAUUGAGAUGGACUCGCAGUUGCCUGGGAAGCUAAAUGAACUGGACAACAAUGGGGACUUGGCCAUGGACCUGGCUCUGUCUGGUAAACUAGAGAGUAUCGCCACAACACUGGUCAACAACAAGGCAGAUGUGGACAUGGUGGACCAGAGUGGUUGGAGUCUUCUGCACAAAGCCAUCCAAAGAGGUGAUGAGUUUGCCUCCACUUUCCUGAUCCGCCACUCGGCCCAGGUGAACGCGGCCACGGUCGGGGCGGUGGAGACCCCCCUGCACCUGGUGUGUUCCUUCAGUCCCAGGAAGCACUCUGGGGACGUGAUGAGUGGCAUGGCCCACAUCGCAGAGGUUCUGCUCAAGACCGGGGCCAACCCCAACAUGCAGAACAGCAAGGGGAGAACUCCUUUGCAUGAAGCGGUGGUGUCGGGGAACGAGCCUGUGUUCAACCAGCUCCUACAGUGCAAACAGUUGGACCUGGAACUGAAGGACCAUGAGGGUAGUACAGCUCUGUGGCUGGCCCUGCAGUACAUCACCGUGUCCUCUGACCCCAACGUUAACCCCUUCGAGGACGAUGCUCUGGUGGUGGAGAACGGAACAUCGUUUGAUGAAAACAGCUUUGCAGCCCAGCUCAUCCAGAGAGGCAGUAACCCAGACGCACCAGACACCGCCACAGAGAACUGUCUACUGCAGAGGGCAGCAGGUGCAGGCAGUGAGGCUGCCGCCCUCUUCCUGGCCACACAUGGGGCAAAGGUCAACCAUGCCAACAAAUGGGGUGAAACCCCUCUCCACACGGCGUGUCGCUGUGGUCUGGCGGGCCUGACGGCAGAGCUGCUCCAACAGGGAGCUAACCCUAACCUGCAGACCCAGAAGGCCCUCCCCGAUGAGGCCCAGGGGGUGUCCCUACAGAGCCCCCUCCACAUGGCCAUUGCACACAACCAUCCUGAUGUGGUGUCAGUCAUCCUGGAGCAGAAAGCCAAUGCUCUUCAUGCCACCAACAACCUGCAGAUCAUCCCAGAUUUCAGCCUCCUAGACUCCAUGGACCAGACGGUGUUGGGCCUAGCCCUCUGGACAGGUAUGCACACCAUAGCAGCCCAGCUCCUGGGUUCUGGGGCAUCCAUCAACAACACCAUGUCCAACGGUCAGACCCUGCUCCACAUGGCCAUCCACAGACAGGACAGCAGGAGUGCUCUGUUUCUCCUGGAACACCAGGCUGACAUCAACGUCAGGACCCAGGAGGGAGAGACGGCGCUGCAGCUGGCCAUCAGUAAUCAGCUUCCCCUGGUGGUGGACGCCAUCUGCACGCGGGGGGCGGACAUGUCCGUGGUGGACAAGAGGGGACACCCCCCUCUGUGGCUGGCCCUGGAGAAUGGCCUCGAGGACAUCGCCUCCACACUGGUCCGACACGGUUGUGACGCCACCAGUUGGAGCUCUGGUCCCUCAGGCUGUCAGCAGACCCUCCUCCACAGGGCUGUGGAUGAGAACAACGAGGUCACCGCUUGCUUCCUCAUCCGCAGUCGUUGUGAUGUGAACAGCCCGCGGCGUCCAGGCCCUAACGGGGAGGGGGGUGAGGAGGCCAGGGACGGACAGUCACCCCUCCACCUGGCAGGCAGCUGGGGGCUGGAGGAGGUGGUACAGUGCCUUCUGGAGUUUGGAGCCAACGUCAACACACAGGACGCAGAGGGCCGAGCUUCAAUCCACGUUGCCAUUAGCAACCAGCACAGCGUCAUCAUUCAGCUGCUCAUCUCCCACCCGGACAUCCGUCUGAACGUACGUGACCGCCAGGGCAUGACCCCCUUCGCCUGCGCCAUGACCCACAAGAACAACAAGGCUGCAGAAGCCAUCCUCAAGAGAGAGCCAGGGGCUGCCGAACAGGUGGACAACAAAGGGCGUAACUUCCUGCACGUGGCGGUGCAAAACUCUGACAUCGAGAGUGUUCUGUUCCUGAUCAGUGUCCAGGCCAACGUGAACUCCCGGGUGCAGGACGCCGCCAAGCAGACCCCUCUACAUCUAGCUGUUCAUGCUGGCUCCGAAAUGAUCGUCCGUAACCUGCUGCUGGCCGGGGCCAAAGUGAAUGAGCUGACCAAACACAGACAGACCGCUCUACACCUGGCAGCCCAGCAGGAUCUGGCUACUAUCUGCUCUGUGCUGCUGGAAAACGGAGUGGACUUCACCGCUGUGGAUGAGAAUGGCAACAACGCUCUGCACCUGGCCGUAAUGCAGGGUCGGCUUAAUAAUGUGCGAGCCCUUCUCACAGAGUCCAACAUCGACGCCGAGGCCUUCAAUCUCCGGGGCCAGUCACCGAUGCACGUCCUGGGGCAAUAUGGGAAAGAGAAUGCGGCGGCCAUCUUUGAGCUUUUCUUGGAGUGUAUGCCUGAGUACCCUCUGGACAAAGUGGACAAUGAAGGGAACACGGUUCUGUUGCUGGCCUACAUGAAGGGCAAUGCUAACCUGUGUCGUGCCAUCGUGAGGUCCGGUGCACGUAUGGGCCUCAACAACAACCAGGGAAUCAACAUCUUCAACUACCAAGUAGCCACCAAGCAGCUGCUCUUCCGCCUCCUAGAUAUGUUGUCCAAAGAGCCUCCGUGGUGUGAUGGGUCAAACUGUUAUGAAUGUGCUGCCAAGUUUGGAGUCACCACAAGGAAACAUCACUGCCGUCACUGCGGCCGCUUGCUCUGCCAUAAGUGUUCUAUAAAGGAGAUCCCCAUCAUUAAGUUUGACCUGAACAAGCCUGUGAGGGUCUGUGAUGUUUGCUUCGACGUGCUGACUCUGGGUGGGGUGUCCUAAUGCAGUGGACAGCCUGCUCCUCCAUCCUUCUCUCCCUCCAUCUUCCCACCACCCUGACACCAUAGGCUGGGCAACAACAGGAGAUCGGGCGACACGGCAGUGGCAGCCAGGGCUAGUUAUUGGACAGAGUUACAGACAGACCACAACCUCUGUACUAUUCAUUCCAGUCUAUCAAAACAUGUUAGCUAAUGUUCCAACAGGACUUAAGAAGUAGAAUAUAAAAACAUUAUACAUGUUUUUUUUAAUCAAAUUAAUCAAGUAGUGAAAAUUGGAUCAAAUGAAAGUAGCUUGCUUGGCUCAAUGACUCCUGGGCUGGUUGGGGCAAUGUUAAUUAUAUUGUCAUGAUUUGACCCGAUAUCAUUCAUCAGGUGUUUGAAGGAAUCUUGAAAAUCAGUGAUGAAUGUGUGAUGGUGUCAGAUUGAGUCAGUGAUGAACGUGUAUUGGUGUCAGAUUGAGUCAGGGAUGAACGGUGUCAGAUUGAGUCAGUGAUGAACGUGUAUUGGUGUCAGAUUGAGUCAGGGAUGAACGUGUAUUGGUGUCAGAUUGAGUCAGGGAUGAACGGUGUCAGAUUGAAUCAGUGAUGAACGUGUAUUGGUGUCAGAUUGAAUCAGUGAUGAACGUGUAUUGGUGUCAGAUUGAAUCAUGAGAAUCAGUGAUGAACAUGUGAUGGUGUUAGAGCCCUAACCCUGGUCUCGGUUGAGAGCAGACCAACAGAUGAACAGCAUGUGAGCAGCAGCAGCCUCACUGGCCUUCUCAUCAAAGUAAUCCGUCGCUGCACUGUGCAGUGAGACAGGAAACAGCAGCCUCACUGGCCUACUCAUCAAAGUAAUCCGUCGCUGCACUGUGCAGUGAGACAGGAAACAGCAGCCUCACUGGCCUUCUCAUCAAAGUAAUCCGUCGCUGCACUGUGCAGUGAGACAGGAAACAGCAGCCUCACUGGCCUUCUCAUCAAAGUAAUCCGUCGCUGCACUGUGCAGUGAGACAGGAAACAGCAGCCUCACUGGCCUUCUCAUCAAAGUAAUCCGUCGCUGCACUGUGCAGUGAGACAGGAAACAGCAGCCUCACUGGCCUUCUCAUCAAAGUAAUCCGUCGCUGCACUGUGCAGUGAGACAGGAAACAGCAGCCGAGCUGGCUGCCCUCUUAAGACCUGCCCUGCGUUACAAUCAGCUGACCUUUGUCCCGAAAUGUGCACUUGUUCACUUCCCUUCAUGGAUUUAAAAUUGAAAAGGACUGCUAUAAGAAAUGUUAAUUUGCUGUAUUUUCUCUUUACUGUUGGCUGUGUGGCUGGUUCUAUAUGAACUAGAGACGGGUUGGUUGGAUUUUAAGGGAAUGGAGUUGAGACUAUUUUUCAUAUACAAAAAAGACAUCUAUUUGAAUUAAAUGAUUAAAAUGUUCAUGAAACACUAAUUGGGUUAAAUAUAUUGCUUAAUUAACUCUCAAUACUUAGUGAGAUCUCUGCGGGAGAUUUAUAUUCACAUGAUUUGAAAUGUAACGGCAUAAAACAACCUCCAUACGUGUUUGUAGACCACGUGGUAAAGAGAUUUAGAGCAUCAGUAAGUGGGACUAGGCACUCAAACUAUCACGUGAGGUCAAUGCAUUUUCUAUCAGGACUGGAAAGGAUGAGAAUAUCUUUACCAUUGAGGAUUUGUUAGUCACAAAUGCUAAAUAAUUCUUGCUUUGAAAUUUUACUUAUAAAAUACCUAUUAUGCUUACGCAUGUCAUUUAAUUUGUAGCCUAUAAUUUUGUAUUAUCUUAUAAUCAUUGUGAAUUGUGUCUGUUUCCCAGACCACCAAAGUGUACAUUCCAAUUCCAUGUAAUCUGGGUCUUUAGUAAAGUCUUCUUGUUGUUUGGGGGGGGGGGGGGGUUGUUAUAUGUAACAUGCUCCAAUUGGUAUUGCCUCAAGUGUUGUCUUGACCUGCCAGGCUAGUUUCCCAGACCCAGAUGAGUCCAGGACAACAAAAUCAAAAAAGCACUUUCAAUGAACAUGUUCAGGCCUUUAGUCCAGAAAUAGGUUUGAUAAUCUGCGUCCAGGAAACCAGCCUGUAUGUUUUAAUGCGUCUGGAUUUCAAAACCUAACAGGUGCACUUUAUCAAAGAUCACAUGACAUUUCUGACAUUAGGGGAGAGAAUGUGAGAGGAGUUGGUGACCGUUGGUCCGUCAGUGGUCCACUAUAAGCAUUGUUAAAUUGUACAGAAAUGUAUAAUAUUUUUGACCACUACAACUGUUUUGUACUUAAUGCAGUUUGUGCUCUUUUUUUUUGUCACUGUGACAAAACUGAAAUGUUUGCCUCUGUUAAUCUUUUCUGAACAUUGUGUUCUCUCUAUGCUCAGACAUCUAGCCCAUUUCUUCCUUCCGUGUCCUUUUUAGAGAAAAGGGAGGACGACUUUUCAUAAAGUUAAUCAAAAAUAAAACACAGAAUCUUG